UGGCGAGGGUGUGAAAAGUGUAAACAGACUGUACAGCAUCAGCGACGCCGAAUUUUAAUCUGAAAUAAUUAAUGUUUUAUACGGAAAUGGUAGUGCAGACUCCAUAAAAACCAUCGAAAAUGAAGAAGGAGAGGACGGCAGACAAUGUGCGCCCAUUUAAAUUAGCGCACCAAAUUUUAAGCUUGACCGGCAUCAGCUUUGAGCGGAAAAGUAUAAUUGGAUUUGUUGAGCUGACCAUUGUUCCGGUAAAAGAUGUUUUGAAGAUAAUUCGUCUAAACUGUCGGCAAUGUCGAAUCUACCGUGUUAUUCUAAAUGACAGCUAUGAAGCUCAGUUUCACUAUUUUGACCCCUUCUUGGACAUUUGUCAGGGGGAGGCGAAUAGUAAAUCACUGGAGAUUUUUUCAAAGUGCCAUUUAGAGGCAGCCAAAAAGACCGAUGCUGACUGGGUCGGUGGAGAGUUGGUGAUCGUGAUUCCGGAUCAGGCGUCCCAUCUGAUUGGAGAAGGCCGUGGAUUGCGCAUUGGUAUCGAAUUUUCUUUGGAAGAUCCUUCCGGGGGAGUGCAUUUCGUAAUUCCCGAAGGAGAAGGAACAAUGGAAGAUCGUGCUGCCCACAUGUUUACAUAUGGUCAUGAGAACUCUUCUCGCUUGUGGUUUCCUUGUGUAGAUAGCUACGCAGAACCAUGUACCUGGAAGCUAGAAUUCACCGUUGAAAAAAAUAUGACCGCAGUUUCUUGUGGUGAAUUGGUAGAAGUGGUAAUGACACCGGACCUUAGACGUAAGACUUACCACUACACGGUAUCAGUUCCCGUAUCUGCGCCCAACAUCGCACUUGCUGUUGGUCCAUUUGAGAUAUACGUUGAUCCCAACAUGCAUGAAGUAACACAUUUUUGCUUACCCCAACUUAUGCCUUUGUUGAAAAAUACUGUCCGGUACAUGCAUGAAGCCUUCGAAUUCUAUGAAGAAGCACUCACCCAGCGGUAUCCAUUCUCCUGCUACAAGCAAGUGUUCGUCGAUGAAAUAGAUAACGAUGGAAAUGCUUAUGCCACAAUGACUAUCCUGUCAACUCAUUUGCUUCACUCAAUCGCAAUAAUUGAUCAGACCUUCAUUUCCCGGAAAGUUAUGUCCAAAGCUAUCGCCGAACAGUUUUUCGGUUGUUUCAUUACAAUGCAGAAUUGGUCGGAUGCUUGGUUAGCACGCGGCAUUGCUGAAUACAUGUGCGGGCUGUAUUCAAAAAAGUGUUUUGGAAACAACGCAUAUCGCAGUUGGAUCCGAGACGAAUUGGCGGAAGUUGUGAGGUAUGAGGAGAAAUUUGGUGGUAUCAUUCUCGAUUGCAGUCAGGCACCGGCACCUCCUGCGGUAUCGAGUAUCAAUCAAUCGCCAGUCGCACCUGCUAAAGCUUACAACGAUAAUCCUUUCUAUUUUCCGAUUAAAAAUUUGCAUACGAUUUCUCCAAAAUAUGUUGAAAUUAUGAGGAAAAAAGCUCACCUCGUGAUCCGAAUGUUGGAACAUAGAAUCGGCCAAGAAUUACUUCUUCAAGUGUUUAACAAACAAUUGGCCCUGGCUUCGAACGCAGCUUCGACAAAAAUAAGCAGCGGACUUUGGCAUCAUCUACACAUUUCCACUAAUAUUUUUACUAAAGCCGUUUUCACUGUCACUGGUAAAGAUAUGGCCGUUUUCAUUGACCAGUGGGUGCGUACUGGGGGUCAUGCGAAAUUCACCAUGACCUCACACUUCAACCGAAAAAGAAAUACCAUAGAGUUGGAAGUUCGCCAGGAUUGCGUGAACCAGAAAGGUGUUAGGAAAUACGUCGGGCCUUUGCUCAUACAACUGCAGGAACUUGACGGUACUUUUAAACAUACGCUGCAGAUUGAGAACAUCGUAGUCAAAGCGGAUAUUACCUGUCAUUCGAAAAGCAGGCGAAACAAGAAAAAGAAAAUUCCGCUUUGGACGGGAGAAGAAGUUGAUAUGGACCUUUCCAUGAUGGAUGAAUCACCGGUGUUGUGGAUUCGGUUAGAUCCCGAAAUGACUUUGCUUCGGUCGGUGCAAAUUGAACAACCCGAUUUUCAGUGGCAAUUUCAACUGAGGCAUGAACGGGACGUCACUGCCCAACUCGAAGCCAUAGAUGCACUGGAGCGAUACGCUUCCGCAGCUACACGACUGGCACUCACUGAUACCAUAGAAAACGAACAGAUAUUCUAUGAAGUGAGAUGCAAAGCCGCUCACUGUCUUACGAAGGUUGCCAACGCAAUGGUCACUGCAUGGCAGGGACCUCCGGCAAUGCUAACGAUUUUCAAAAAGUUUUUCGGCUCGUUCAGUGCCCCACAUAUCAUCAAACAGAAUAAUUUCACCAAUUUUCAACAUUAUUUUAUUCAGAAGACAAUCCCGGUAGCGAUGGCCGGCUUGAGAACAGCACAUGGUAUUUGUCCACCAGAAAUCAUUCGCUUUUUGCUGGAUUUGUUCAAGUAUAAUGACAACACGAAAAAUCACUAUUCGGACAACUAUUAUCGCGCAGCCCUGGUUGAGGCACUUGGAAAUUCAAUAACUCCGGUCAUUUCAGUUGUCCACCAGGGUAUGGCACUUACGUCGGAAAAUUUAUCUGCUGAUGCAAAGCUUGUUCUCGAAGAAGUGACACGCAUUCUGAAUUUGGAAAAGCAUUUACCUUCGUACAAAUACACGGUAUCUAUUGCCUGUUUGAAGGUCAUUCGUAAGUUGCAAAAAUGUGGUCAUUUACCGACAAAUCCGAAAAUAUACCGCAGUUAUGCCGAAUAUGGCCAGUACAUCGACGUACGUGUGGCAGCAAUGGAAUGUUUGGUUGAUUUUGUUAAAAUUGAUGGCCGGUGGGAAGAUUUGGAGCAUUUGAUUGACAUGCUCGAAACGGACCCCGAUCCGAUGGCUAGGCACAAACUGGGAAGGUUGCUCAUUGAAACUUUACCUUUCGACAAAGGAAAUCGUCACAGACUUGAUCGGGAAGAAUUGGCCCUUAGAAUUUGGAAUAACAUGAAUGGAUUAUUGUCCCAUGAUACGCGACUGCGAUGCGAUAUGGUUGAUUUGUACUAUACUUUGUACAACACUCGUGUACCGCAAUGUCUCCCGAAUCCUGAACUGGCAUCGAUUUUAAAACCGCAGAAACUUGCAUCAUCUUUUGCCGCUGUUGCUGACAAAGAUCGUGACCAAGAACAAUCAUACAAAAUUGAAAUGGAAGUAGCCUCGCAGAAACGUGCCCGAUCUGCGAGUCCUCUGGAUGUGAAACCAUUAGACCUGCUCGACAUAGGUCCUACUGAACUGAUGAUUGCCAAAAGUCGUGAAAAUUCGCCGGUAAUCGAAGAGAUUCGAGAAGAUAUUAUACUGGAAACAGUUGAAUCAACGAUUAAAACUGAAAUAAUUGAACCCGAAAAACCGAUUUUGAAAGAGGAAAUUAUUGACCUUGACGACAACAACUCCGUUACCCAUAUCAGUACAGAACCGCCUUUAGCUAAGAAAGCUAAAACUGAAUUUUAUUCGGAUAAUUCCAUUUCAUUACCUGGAAUCAUGCCCAGUAGCAGUUCCGUGACUGGUCCGACGGGUUUCGAACCGGGAAUGUUCAAUAAAGCAGUCGAACCAUUGCCGACCAUUAGUUCGGAACCGAGUGUCAGUAGCAAAUCUGAUGGAAGCAAGAAAAAGAAAAAGAAGGAUAAGAAAAAACAUAAACAUAAGCACAAACACAAGCAUAACAAGGAUAAAGAUCGUGAGCGGGACAAAGAUCGGGAGCGAGAAAAGAGCAAGGAAAAGAAGGAUCCUAGCAUUGUGCGUCUGAUCAAGGAUGAUACACAGGAAACGUUAAGCUCGGCCGACAGCUCGAGCAGAGAUAGCAUUCCUACUACGCUAGAUUUAACACUGUAAGAAGAUGUCUACAAAAAGUGUCCACCGUUACAAAAAUAAUUACAUAAAGAGUUUUCUGUUUCAUUAGCUUAUAAAUAUGGCUUUAAGCUAACAUUAAAAAAAAUGUAAGAACCUUCUAUUAAAACUUUUUGAA